ACCAAAUGAUCAGAUACGUGAUAAAGACGCUGGAAAUAGCUUCAGAACAAGGUCAUCUGCUGAUGGCUUCUACAGCUCUUGUUCUUCUGCCUUGAUCAUUGCAAAAAAAGACUCUGAGCCAUUUUGACCAUGAGCCAGUUUGUCCCAUCUCUCUUUACCCUUCUGUGUCUGGGAAUCUCUUGCUGUCUUACAGCACCAAUCAGAACAUAUAAAGAGGCUGAGAAGAUGGACUGGAAUCCUCCAACUGCGGAAAACAAGACUGGGAUGAACCUAACAGCUUCUCGCUUGGCUGUGGACCAUAUGGUCAGAAGCAUCCCUCAGAAGACUGCGCUGACUAAUCUGCACACUCUUAUCAAGAGAUGUAUCAAGUGGUACAGAGUGAUUCCCAACAGACCUGCCUUGGCCAAGAUCGUGGUGGAAGGUUCCAUCGCCUUUUCGUUUGCUAUUCUGAUUUGCCUCGUCGCUUGGUGCUAUCUCCAAUCGAAAGAGAAGAAACUAAGGCAGCUGGGCCCUUAUGUCAAGGCCUAUGCCAAAAAGAAUUUCUUCUUGAGGCAAAUCCAGAAGCAGAAGGAGAAUGCUAGAAAGAAGAUGCUGAGAGACAAAAAACUGGAAGGGUUAAUAAAGACAGCGGAGGAGGAAGAAGAGGCUAUGGAAAGACUUUGUCUGAAGGAGAAACAAAUGAAAGAGGAAGACAGGAAACCGAAGAAAGGGAAAGGGAAGAAACAUGCCCUCAAGAAGAAACUGGGCAAGAUUAAGAAAGUAGCAAAAUCAGAGGCCUUGAAAAAGGGUAUGGGCAAAAUCAAGAAAGCUGCCAAAUCCAAGGCUAUCAAAAAGCAAGUUGGUAAGAUUAAGAAAGCUGCAAAAUCGGAGGCAGUCAAGAAGAAGGUCGGUAAGAUUAAAAAGGUUGCCAAAUCCAAGGCGGUUCAGAAACAUGUUGGUAAGAUCAAGAAAGUCGCGAAGUCAAAGGCCGUUAAAAAAGGUUUGGGUAAGAUUAAGAAGGCAGCCAAACCGAAAGCCAUUCAAAAGGGAAUUGGGAAGUUUGUGAAAGCAGCCAAAUCGGAGCUGGCCUCCAAGGAUGAAGAUAAGGCAAAGAAAGGAGAGAAAUCCAAGGUCAAAGAGAAGCCCAAGAAGGAACCAAAGCAGAAGGAAAUGCCGAUCUUGAAGAUGAAGAAGGAAGAGGAAAAGCCUCCCAAGAAGAAAGAGGCGAAGAAGCCGGUGAAGAAGAAGAAGGAAAGUGUGAAGAAGAAGAAGAAGGAAAGUGUGAAGAAGAAGAAGAAGAAGGAGAAGAAAGCAAGCCCACCCCCAAAAGCCAAAAGUAAGAAAAAGCCGAAAGAGGAGGAAGACGAGGAAGACGAGGGAGACGAGGAGGAGUCAGAAGGAGAGGAAGAGAGUGACUAGAAAACAGAAGGAACAGAUUAAGAUCAAAGUGGAAAGAGGAAAGAGAUCUUCUCCACUUGUGGAACGUGCAAAAAAGUCUUCUCCACUCGAGAAGAAAAGGGUAAACUUCCUUUUCUAGCAGUUCUUCUGAUGUAGAAUCCUGUAUUGUCCCCAAAUGGUGAGAUUGGAUAGAAAACACUGAAAAGGACAGCGGAUGGUGAGGUUCCAGAGGAAGCAUUUGAGGAUGGAGAUGGGUCUGUUUCCUCAAAACAUGAGGAAAGUGUGAUCGUUUCUUAAAUAUUUUCAAAAUAUUAUGUCAGAUAGAAUACCAGCUAUGGAUCCCAGUCCACCCAGACUUGCUUUUCAUUGCCUCCUGACGUCUUCUAGGAUUGGGCCCAUUCUUGGCUUUUCCAGGAAUUCCAGAUAUUUUCAAUACGAUCAUGAGACACUGGUUUAAAAUAAAUUUGUAUUGGCAAUCAA